GGAGGGGGAAGGAGGGAGGGGAGAGCUGUGGCGGCGGCUGCGCCGGGCUGUGUGUCUCUCGCCGCCGGAGGAAGAUGAGGCUGAAGAUUGGGUUCAUCUUACGCAGUCUGCUGAUAGUGGGAAGCUUCCUGGGGCUGGUGGUCCUCUGGUCUUCCCUCUCUUCGCGGCCGGACGACCAGAGCCCGUUGAGCAGGAUAAGGGAAGACAGAGGUGUCAAUAACCCUAUGCCUAACCGAGGAGGCAAUGGAUUAGCUCCUGGGGAUGACAGAUUCAAACCUGUGGUGCCAUGGCCUCAUGUUGAAGGAAUAGAAGUGGACUUAGAGUCUAUUAGAAGAAAAAACAAAGCUAAAAAUGAACAAGAGCACCAUGCUGGAGGAGAUUCCCAGAAAGACAUAAUACAGAGGCAGUACCUCACAUUUAAGCCUCAGACAUUCACCUACCGUGAUCCUGUGCUACGCCCAGGGGUCCUCGGUAACUUUGAACCCAAAGAACCUGAACCUCAUGGAGUGGAUGGUGGCCCUGGAGAAAAAGCCAAGCCAUUGGUUUUGGGACCAGAAUACAAACAUGCAGUUCAAGCCAGCAUUAAAGAGUUUGGAUUUAACAUGGUGGCAAGUGACAUGAUCUCCCUGGAUCGCAGCGUCAAUGACUUACGUCAAGAAGAAUGCAAAUACUGGCAUUAUGACGAAAACCUGCUCACUUCAAGUGUUGUCAUUGUCUUCCAUAACGAAGGCUGGUCAACGCUCAUGAGAACGGUCCACAGUGUAAUUAAAAGGACGCCGAGGAAAUAUUUAGCAGAAAUUGUAUUAAUUGAUGACUUCAGUAAUAAAGAACAUUUGAAAGAAAAACUAGAUGACUAUAUUAAGAUGUGGAAUGGCCUCGUAAAGGUAUUUCGGAAUGAAAGAAGAGAAGGUUUAAUUCAAGCCAGAAGUAUCGGUGCUCAGAAAGCUAAACUUGGUCAGGUUUUGAUAUACCUUGAUGCCCACUGUGAGGUGGCAGUUAACUGGUAUGCGCCACUUGUAGCUCCCAUAUCUAAAGACAGAACUGCAUGUACUGUGCCUCUAAUAGAUUACAUAGAUGGGAAUGAUUAUUCCAUUGAACCCCAGCAAGGUGGGGAUGAAGACGGUUUUGCCAGAGGGGCCUGGGACUGGAGUUUACUGUGGAAACGUAUCCCUCUAAGCCACAAGGAAAAGGCCAAAAGGAAACAUAGAACUGAGCCUUAUCGGUCUCCAGCCAUGGCUGGUGGAUUAUUUGCCAUCGAGCGAGACUUCUUCUUUGAACUGGGUCUGUAUGACCCAGGUCUCCAGAUUUGGGGAGGUGAAAACUUCGAGAUCUCCUACAAGAUAUGGCAGUGUGGUGGCAAACUGCUGUUUGUUCCUUGUUCCCGCGUGGGACACAUCUACCGUCUCGAAGGCUGGCAAGGAAACCCCCCACCUGUUUCCGUAGGGUCUUCUCCAACUCUCAAGAACUAUGUUAGAGUUGUAGAAGUUUGGUGGGAUGAGUAUAAAGAUUAUUUCUACGCUAGUCGUCCUGAGUCAAAGGCACUCCCGUACGGAGAUAUAUCUGAGCUGAAGAAGUUCCGAGAAGACCACAACUGCAAAAGCUUCAAGUGGUUCAUGGAGGAGAUAGCUUACGACAUCACCUUGCACUACCCCUUGCCGCCCAAAAACAUUGAGUGGGGAGAGAUCAGAGGCUUUGAAACUGCAUACUGCAUCGACAGCAUGGGAAAGACGAACGGGGGCUUCGUUGAACUGGGACCCUGCCACAGGAUGGGAGGGAAUCAGCUUUUCCGAAUCAAUGAAGCAAAUCAGCUCAUGCAGUACGACCAGUGUUUGACGAAAGGGCAUGAUGGAUCGAAGAUUAUGAUUACACACUGUAAUCUAAAUGAAUUCAAAGAGUGGCAGUACUUGAAGAACCUGCACAGAUUCACCCACAUUCCUUCAGGGAAGUGCUUAGAUCGCUCCGAGGUCCUGCAUCAAGUGUUCAUCUCCAACUGUGACAGCGAGAAAGCAACGCAGAGAUGGGAAAUGAAUAACAUCCAUACUGUCUAGAAAG